AUGGCGACUGCAAGCACCAAGUUUACAUUCCUGUCUCUAUCAAAGGGGACGCCUCAAGAAGCUCAAGCUUAUGGAGCCAAAUCUUGUGUUCUUUGGCAGCUAUGUCAUACAAAGUAUCCUGACAUUAUUAAAUAUGAUGGUCCCCUUCGUCAUGAUAUUCUUCUGGCCAAUUUAAAGACCUCUGCUGCUGAUCUGCUCAGCAUUCAUUUCCCACUCUCAGAGAACACAGUUGUUGUCAAUCUUGAGAUUCCCAUAUCUUUUGAAAAGGAAGUGAUUGUCCUGCCUCAUUCAACUGGUACCUGGUUCAUGCUGGUUAAUAUUAAUGAGGUCCAAUCUCUUGAACCACAAUUGAAAGAACUUGAUUACUAUUUCAGGGACAAAAAGACAAAACAGAACUUUUACAAUAAGUUUGUUUUCAACACUUUUCUGAAAAAAGUCAGGCCUAACAAUCAAAAAGAGAUAGUUGUCAACCUUAUUACCAUGAUUAAAGUGACAGAUGCCAGUAAAGAAUACAAGGAGCUUAUUGGGAAUAGAGACAAUUUGGUCUUCACAGUUGAGAAAUUCAAAAGAUUCAAGUUUUCAGACCUGCAACUCCCAGAAAAUUCAAUCAUAAUAGCACAAGAUUUAUCUGUUGUGCAACCAAUUGAUGAGAACUAUUUUGACAAUGUAACUGACAUAACAGCAUGUGAUGUUGAUAAAGAUGAACUUGCUACCUAUGUGGCUGUGUAUGAUAUAUUUUCACCAACUGCAUCACUGGUUGCUAAGAGAUCCUCUUUCUUUAUGGAUGGCUGCUUUACUGCAUUCCUUGUUGAUCCUGCACUGAUUCUCUGCAAGAAAUAUGACAAAGGGAUUAGAUGGACACCAACUCUUCUGGUCAAGGAAUCUGAUUCCAAUAUGGUGGUGAAAUACUUGCCAAAGA